AUGCUCUUCUUUCGGCAGCUCAACGCACUCAUUUGGAAAAAUCUAAUCGUUCUCUUGCAACAUUGGAUCCUCAAUCUCUUGAGAUGUCUCGUCUUCCCAAUAGGCUUUGGUAUAUUCUUGGCAACUGCGCAGUUCUUUUUGAUCAAACCAAAUAAUCUUGGAGUUGGUCAGCCACAGUCCAUUGUUUCGUUGGAGUCGGCCUUCAAGAGCGGAUACAACUUUUACUGGGUCGACGCGACGAAUGGAUCCGCAACGCCUUCACCACGCGAUAUAAUGGACCGAGUGACUGCAAACUUCUCACCUUGGCAAAAGUCGCUGGUCCACCAACUCGAUAGCCCACAGGACAUUGACCCUCAGUGCCAACAAAACUUUAAUGGUUUCUCAGAAUGCUUUGCUGCUGUCAUUUUCGACGACAUUACCGGCUUUUCUGGCGUCAAUUAUACAAUUCGAGCAGACGCUGGAUUACGCUAUGUCAAUGUUGACAAGCAUAAUAGCGAUGUCGAGCUGAGGGUCCUUCCUCUUCAAUGGGCACUCGAUUCUGCUAUCAUUCAACUGCGGGCUGGGCGUUUUGUCCAACCUCCCCAAGAGCUCCCAUUCACACAAAGGACGAACAAAGAACAGACCGAGUUUAUACGAAAGGUAUACAUUGGAGGGAUAGCCUCUCUCUUCGUUCUCGUCUUCUUUGUCGGAUUCCUCGGCGUCGUCUAUCACCUCCCAGGUUCUUUUAUGGGAGAAAGAGCCUCGAUGACUACGAUUCACAUGCAACAGAUGGGGCUUUUAGACAGCGCCCGCCUCAUAUCCUGGCAUCUCAGCAUCACCCUCCCUUACCUGCCUGGCUACAUCAUUAUCGCCUUGAUAUGGCAGAAAACUAUUUUUACCAACACGUCGCCCGGCGUGAUGGUGUUGAUCAACAUUCUGACCAGCUUUUCUCUGUCCUCGUGGUCUAUGCUUGUCGGAUCACCAUUUGGCAAAUCUCCACAGUUGGCUGCCAUCGCCGCAACAUUUCUUGCCAUUCUAUUCGCGAUCAUAGCCCUCGUGCUUAAAGGUGGUGCAACCCUAGCCGUAGUUUAUACGCUGGUCUUCCCCCCUGGGUUCUUUGUGUUCGCCAUACUCUCUCUCUGUGCUUACGAAGGUCAAGAUAUUGUCCCCAAGAUUUCUCAGCCAGACCCCGAUCAUGGAACCCGCAUCUCAGCUCUCUUCGUCGUUGCUUUGAUAGACAUCUUCGUCUAUCCUCUGCUUGCACUGAUGGUAGAGAAUAUUCGGUACAACGCCAAGAACCCAGGGACAGGUCUCUUUGCCAGAUUGAAGAAGCGACCAGAAGUUCCACCACAUCCCGAAGGAGCUGCAAUUGCCGUUCGUAACCUGAAGAAGACGUUCCCUGGGGGUAAUCUGCUAAGGAGACAAAGAGUGACGGCCAUAGAAGACCUCUCGUUCACAGUCCCCAAGACCGGUAUCUGGAUUCUCCUCGGCUCAAAUGGCGCUGGCAAGUCUACUGUGCUGUCUAUGCUGGGCAAUCUCCUUGGUCGAGACAGUGGAACCGUGACCUUUGAAGGAGGCGCUGAUCGUCCAUCUCGAGGAAAAUUAGGAAUUGUACCACAGAAGAAUGUUUUGAUUCCAGAGCUCUCCUGCUAUCAGACGGUGCGCCUGUGGAGUGCUAUCAAGCGUCCAUCCGGCUCGAAGGAGAGGAAGGCCGAUUUAGUGCGUCUCUUGAACGAUUGCGACCUCGGGAAAAAGGUCAGCCACAAGGCUGGUAGUCUCUCUGGAGGUCAAAAGCGCAAGCUGCAACUCGCGAUUGGCCUUGUUGGUGGCUCAGAAAUACUGCUUGUGGAUGAAGCGACCAGUGGAGUAGAUCCCCUUUCACGACGUGCUCUUUGGAGAGCCUUGACUGCUGUCAAGCACGAGAGGACAAUCAUAUUCACGACACAUUUCCUAGACGAGGCAGACCUACUCGGCGAUUCAGUUGCAGUUCUCGCAGCUCCUGGUCGUCUACUUGCACAAGGAACUCCCGUCUCACUCAAGUCCUCCCUUGGCGAAGGAUAUACCACCAGUGUUACGUUUCCACAUACGGACGCAGAGAAACACCAAACUGUAGCAGCAGCUGAGCAAGUGCUCGCCCGAAUCCUGCCCAAGGCUCCACAUGCUCGAUGCAUUCAAAUAUCUGAUAAUGGCGCGAAAUUCGCGUUGCGUACCAAAGACGCCGAAGUCGUCCGUCAGGUACUCACUGCAUUGCAAAGUGCAAAAGACAAUGGAGAAAUUCAGACCUAUGACGCUAACGGUGCCUCGCUCGAGGACAUCUUCGUGUCUCUAAUGACUCGUGAUUCACAAUCAGCCGGGGGAUCCAUUGACGAAAAGGCAACACGCACCGAGUUGGAUUCACAAGAAACGCCUGCCAAAUUGGAAGACCGUACCCCAUUGGAUCUUUCUGACGGCCGGAGAACCUGGUUCUUCCAGCAAGCUGGCACAGUCUUUUGGAAACGACUGUUGAUCAUGCGUCGUGCAUGGCUGGGGCCACUCCUGGCGAUGGCGAUUGCCUGCUCGGGAGCGUGCAUUCCCCUCUUUUUCAUGAAGGAUCGAGUCAAGACUUGCGUUCCCGAUUUUUCGCCGUCAUUCGCACAAUCACUUCUGUUCCCCUGGUCGGUUGCUGUCAAUACCGGCUUUUUGGACACGGAGAGUUCGAACACUGCAAUAAUCGCUCCUCCAAAUGCAUUGGAGCCACUGAGUGGUUUCUUCACCAGUGUGAACGUCACGACAGUUAGUGAUCAGCAGGCCCUCAUCAACGACAUUCAACAAAACGCACGCAGCCUCAGCUUUGGAGGCCUAUUCCUGGAUGCUACUCGUAACAGCUCGCUCAUCGCGUUUCAGGCUCUCGAAAUUCUCAACGGGCCGACUUUGCUCAACCUCGCGAGCAACACCUGGAUAGCAUCCGCCACCAGUGGUGGAGAAGCACCUGUGAUUGCCGCAAACUAUAUGCCUUUUGCUGCGCGCUCGGGGGCCGGGUUGGAUCCUAUGAAAUGGAUUGGCUUUUUCGCUGCUGCCAUGGGGGCUUUCCCUGCCUUUUUCACUCUCUAUGUCACGAAGGAGCGACGAUCCUUGGUGCAAGCGAUGCAACUCUCGAACGGAAUUGCAAACCCUGCUUCCUUGUGGCUUGGUCACUUACUCUUCGAUGGGAUAUUUGGUGUUGUCGUCGCCAUUAUUGUUUCUGUCGUCUUCUCAAAGGUGUCGACACAGUUUUCCUACCUGGGUCUAUACGGGUUUACCAUGGUUCUCUAUGGAUAUACGUCCAUUCUCUUUGCAUAUUGUGUUACGCUUUUCUCCGCGUCGGCUCUAGCUGCCUUUUCAAUCGUCGCUGGAUAUCAAGUUGUCAUGUUCAUGCUCUACCUCAGCGCAUAUCUCUUGUCAUUGACAUAUGCUCCCGUCUCGGCGACGUCUCGGUACAUGACAAUUAUACACUAUACGAUGUCCCUACUUGCGCCUAUCAAUAGUUUGGUUCGCUCCACGUUGAUAUCGGUCAACCUAUUUUCUCUCGACUGCAAGGGCUACAGUCCUGAGACAACGCCUGGAGCCCUCGCAUACAUGGGCUCUCCGAUCCUUUAUCUUAUCUUAUAUGGCUUGAUACUAUUCUGCAUCUUGGUCGCUGUCGAUGGGGGAUUCGCCUGGCCAUCGUUCCUUUCGUUCCACCGUCGGGCUUCACAACAACCUCCCGAAUCGACACCGCCCGACGUGAUCAAGGAGACGGAAAAGGUCGAAGGCUCAGACGACCCUCUCCGCGUACUUCAUGUGUCCAAGAGAUUUGGCUCGAAUCAGGCCGUAGAAGACGUCAGCUUUGGCGUCGCUCGUGGUACCAUCUGUGCACUCCUGGGACCCAAUGGUGCCGGCAAAACGACGACCUUUAAUAUGAUUCGCGGGGAGACAACUGUGGACACUGGCGACGUAUACAUCAACGCGAUGUCUAUUACCCAUAACUCUGCGGGCGCGCGGGUUGGGCUCGGUGUUUGUCCUCAAUUCACGGCAAUCGACAGCCAACUUACCGUGCGGGAACAUCUGCAAGUCUACGGACGCCUCAAGGGCCUUCAUGCCGGAGCAGAAUUGAACAGAAACAUCGAGGUUCUGCUUACUGCUACUGCGUUAGCCCAAUAUGCGGAUCGGCUUGCCUCAAAGUUGUCGGGCGGAAACCAACGCAAACUCGCUUUGGCGAUUUCCCUCAUUGGCAACCCAGAAGUGGUGCUCAUUGACGAAUUCUCCACGGGAAUUGCUCCUGAUACAAAACGAGCGAUGUGGAAGACUUUCCGAAAUGUCAACGUUGGCAAAUCGGUCGUCAUUACCACUCACUCGAUGGAAGAGGCGACCGCAUUGGCCAAUAAAGUCUGCAUUAUUGCUCGUCGAAUGCUUGCUGUUGGCACGACUGCCGAGCUCGCUUCAAGAUAUCCUUAUUACGAGAUUCAUCUCGCUACUAGGACCAGGGAUGAACUUAUUAAAGCCCAGCAACUCAUGGCACGGAUCCCUGGCUCGCGUCAAGCAGACGACAUUGCCACUCGUUGGGAGGUUCCAUUGCAAGGUCCCGGAGACGAAAGCCAUGCUUUGACACUGGCGGAUCUUUUCGGCAUCUUAUCUGAGCAGGAGGACUUUGAUGAAUUUUCGGUGGACACUGUCAGUUUGGAGAGCAUUUUCCUUAAGAUUGUGCGAGAAAAUAAUGUCCGCGAGGAAGGCGAGGACGUACACAAGCGGCCAUGGUGGAGAUGCGUCUGA